AUCCGAUUUCUUCGGUCAAUUAAAUGUUUAGCCUCUUUAGGAAAAAUUGUUGAUAAAGGCAGGCUAAUGAUAUAUGUUGGAAAAGAAUGUGAAAAUACUUUGGGAAUAAUACGUUCAUUAGGAAUAAUAUAUGAACAUUGUAGGAUAAAUAGAAAUUUUUUUAUUAAAGUAUAUGAAGAAAAUAUUGCUCAAAGUAACAAAGAAGAUUUUCAAAUAUUUUUACCUUAUGAAUAUAAAACUUUAAUGCAUUUUGUAAUGUAUACUGGAAGUAAAAAUACAAUGAUAACAUUAAUACCAAAAGAUCUCCAUUAUAAAUAUACCGUAGUACAACAAGAAUCGCUUACGUUUAAUGGUGUAAAAACUUUAAAUAUGCAUUAUUGUUCUGAAGAAUGUCACAACAGUAUCUCAUGUUACAAUUAUGGAUAUCAAGAUCCUAAUCAUUGUUAUGAAUGUAUAUGUAUUUAUGGGUUUGAAGGUAUGCAUUGUGAAAAAUAUACAAAAUUAACACCAUGGUGUGGGGCGAAAGAACUGUUUGCAAAAGAAAAAUCUUUAUAUUUCAGAAUGUAUGGAAAAAAAAAUGUAUUUAUUAAAUAA